AUGGUUGACAGAACUAUAUGUCAGCUUAUUGAAAGUCUUCCACCCAAAGCUGCAAAAAAAGUCGAACAGUUUUGGGUCGAAUUCAAAUUAAAGAGUUAUGGAUAUCAGGAUGACGAAGAAGAACGUGAGUACGGACAAGAAACAGCAAAAUGGCAAUGUCUUAGCUCACUCAACCCCAAGUUCAAACCAUUAUUUUACUCAGACAACAACACAAUUCAAGUACGCAAAAUUGCUAUUCAUUUCGUUAACCAAGCAGAAGACAUUGAAGAAGGAGACUCUAUCUCAGUUUAUGUUUGCUACUGCAAAUUUUUCAAGGACGAAUUUGGAGGACCAAUUCUCAUGCAUGUCUUCAAGCCACGUCAGCAACUCUACGUUGAAACUGAAAUAACACUCAUGCAUGGAAUGUAUCUCAAGUUUGAAAGCCAAUUGGAAAACACAUACAACAUUUGGCUUUCAUACAUUCAGUUCGAUACACCAGAUGACUUUGAUGUUGAAGAAGAAGACUCUACUCAAGAAGAUGAACCACAAGACUCAAUCCAAGAAGAGUCCUCCGAAUUCACACCAGAAGACUAA